CAGAUACUUUUAGCGGAACCUUCAGUGGCAAACGUGUGUAAUGCACGGACCCAAAAUACAGGCGAACACGUUUCAUCGGUCCGUCCCUUCAACAUUUCCCCCGCAUGAUACGCAUGAGAAAGACAGACGUCAACUAAUAAGCAAAGAUGCCAAAAAUAGCAAAAAGCAAGGGGAAAGGACAAGCGGAGAAAGUGGUUCAUCCAUGCAGUAGGAAAGCUGGCUAUAUGGCAAGAGCUGUUAGCAAACAUGAGAGGAAGGAAAAGUUAAAGGGUGAAAAGGCACAGCGUCUAAACCUGAUUGGUGAAAAACUUUUGUGGUUCCAAAGCCAACUUGACCCUGACAAGGCUGAAUACAGCAAACAUGAUGCUUGUGACAUCAUUGAGAGGUACCUGCACCGGUUUGAUAGAGAGCUGGAGCAGAUAGAGUUAGCGAAUAGUAUUAAAGGACGACAGGGUCGUCAGCAUGGCUCCAGAGAGGCGAUCAUCAGACAGAUAAUGGAACGAGAGCGCGCACAGUAUGAGGGCAAUGUGUUUGAAAUUCCUGACAUCAUUAACUCCAAACAUUUAAAGACAUUCAGAGAGUGGAACGGUGACCUAAAGAAACUCCCCAACAUUAAGAUGAGAAAAGUUUCAGCAAAAGGCAUUGACAGCACAGUUGCUGUUGCUUCCCACAAUGCACAGAUGGAGGAAGAGAAUGAAGAAAAUGAGUCAUGUCAGAAUUCUGAUACUAACUCAUAGUACUGUGAAAUCCUGUAGUUCUACUACAUUACAGCUCAGUGUAGAGGAAACAAAACCACGCUGUGUGUGAGAGCAAUGGACACAGUAGUUGAGAAACAAGUUUGGGACUUGUAUCAUCUGAGAUGUACGUACAGUGAGUACAUUGGUCUCAUGUACUCGGAGGACACCUGAUCUCUUGUUAUUUACUCAUCUGGACCCCAAAAAUAGUUUUCUUAAGAAUACGAUUACUUGGUCACUCAGGUAACACAAUUUCAUCAUAAUAUAAAUAAACAGACUGUGAAACAGUUUCAUACAUUCAGAUUUAUUGCACUGGUUUUGCAUGUUUUUAAGAUGUGCAUUUAAGUGUUAACAUUGACGUUCAGCACUAAAUCAAUAAACUCACUCGAUCCUAGCAUUUCAAUUGAGA